AUGUUUCCCUUUAAGUUCAAACUUACACCAUUCCUAUUUUCUUUUCUGGUGUUUGGUCUUUCACAAGCGAGCUACAAUGUUACUAUUCUGAUUUUUCACAAUGCUCUUCCUAAUGAAAGCAUCGUUGAGAAAGCGCGUCAUAUGUUUCAACUGGAUAGUUUCCCACAAACAUCUAAAGUGAUAAACUUAACAUGGUUGCAGACCAAUGCAUCCCAAGUUAAACGCAGAAAAGUGGGAGUCCUAGGCACACUACAUUUCCUGCAAAAUCUUGAUGAUUUAUUGGAUGGGGCAAUUUUUCACGAGGUCACCAAAGAAUCGAUUGCUUUCUCUUCACUCUUGGAAAUAUCAGGCAUCCCAACAUUUGGUCUUUUUCAGGAUCAAGAAGUUCUCUUAACUCAGGUACAAAUAUAAAAUGUCGUCCAUGAAAUUAAGGAAUACAUGAGAGCAAGCAAGAAAUAACGUUUUUUAAAUCUAAAUCUUGCCAGUCUGUCUCUAACUUUGCCCAAAUCGAGCCAAAUGUAACCAUCUAUGUUUGAGUUCAUGAAUUUUUAAUGUUCUUUUGUGAUGAAUGUAAAAAAAAAUUGAUGAAGAAGUUUUAAAAUUACCGAGUUGAGGAGAAAUUUAUGAUAUUUAUGAUAUUUAUGAUAUUUAUGAAGAAUUGAAAUAGAUAUUCGAAAUCAGGCCUCCCGAAUUUGAUGGUGAGACUCCAUUUGAUCGAUCUUGACGCUGAAGGAACUCUUUGUGUCGCAAAAGCACUCACAAUUUAGGGCUCCUUUAGGUUACUUCUCCUUUGAAUUGAUUCCUGUCAUAUUUCCUUUUCUUUUAGGAGAAUCCUGGUGAUUUUACCAAAGAUGCCUUCCCUUCGAUCUCCAGUUGUGUUGCCGCAGUUCAAAAAAUAAUUAUGAAACAACGAUGGCGAACUCUUUUUUUUGUGUUUUCCGCCGAUAACGAGGGAAAAAUAUUUGCUGAUGGUAUGCUUUACUACGCUGCUAAGGCGAAAUGGAAAAUAAUUAAAACACUCUGGUUGAUUGAUGACACGGUUACAAAUCGCACAAAAUCUGACCUUCGAGAAGUAAUCUCAAAAGCAAGCGACGCUGUGAUUAUGCACAGCAGGCUGAGCCACCAUGACCAUGCGCAGUUGUUUGAGAUAAUUGCAACGGGAGCGGACGACAAGCAGAGGACGACUGUUUGGGUUAUUACAGAGAUGACCAGCUAUUUGACAACGGGUCCUCAGGUGAUUACUCCAGGAAUGCUGAAAGUAACGCUUAAAAGUCCUGGGAAAUAUCGUGACGUCAUUGCUUAUGAUAAUGUUCUUCGAGAUGCUAUGUCGCUGUUUCAACUUUCCUUUGAGGAAAGUGUCACAAAAUGUAUCCAAAAUUCAAACCUGGAGAACUGCAUGAAAGACAGCAAGCGCGAGACAGUAAGACGUGUUGCCAGAAGGUAUUUAUCUUCAUUGUUUAAAAAACUAUUAUAGAAUCAAACCUGUUUUUAGUUAGGAAAUUAAAAAUUAUCUUUAUCAUCUAAUCAUGUAAAAUUAUCAAUCUGUCCUCAAGGAAUAAAGGGGGCAAGUUUCUAAAGAAAUUGUGGUACUGUAUAUUAGCGUGGUAAGAUAGAGAAGCACAAACUUAGAAAUAAUAAACCCAAAGGAAACCAGAAUGAUUAGGCAUGGAAAAGAUGGGCGCAUAUUGUGAAUGAAUCGUUGACAAAUAUCCUUAUUUUCUUAACUUUGUCUUACGACACGGAAUUGACAAUCGUUGCGCUGUUUCUCACCGCAAAUUGACGCUUAAUUAUGUUUUUUAAUUUCCUUGGUUAGACACUUGGCUCAGAGUGCGGUUUUGGGUGCAAGCAAUCUCUACGAUGAACAGGAAUCCAACGAAAAUACAACAGCCUUUACAAUUUGGAAUUUGAAAAAGGAUAUAACUGGCACAAAGAAAUGGUCUCGGACAGGAAUGGGAACAGCCACUGGCUUGGCCAUGGAGAGAUUCAUAGCUCCCAACGGGAAAACAAUAGAACCUAUUUCUAAGCCACCAAGGCCCGUUGUUCACGUGGCUGUGAACGAGUACCCACCAUUUGUCUACAAAGAUGACCCUUCAGAGACCGAGGAGUGUCUUGGAAGGUUCGUUCCCUGUUAUGAGUACAGCCAGGGGGACUAUUUGGCAGAUUCUACACCAAACAAAUUUUGUUGUUUCGGAAUCUCAAUAGAUUUUUUAUCGCUUCUGCAACAAGAUCUUAAUUUUGAUGCAGACAUUUAUUUUGCUCCCGAUGGACAGUUUGGAAUUGUGAAUGACAGUGACGGUUCUUGGAAUGGAAUUGUUGAGGAGUUGAUCACUGGGAAGGCGACGCUGUCAUUGGAAAUGGGCAUGAAUAAACGUCGAGCAGAGGUGAUCAGUUUUGCUCAUCCCACACUUCUCCUGGAGCUUGGUAUCCUAGUGAACAAGAAUCCACCAGAAGGUACAAAAUUGUGGUUUUUUAGCCAUUCAUUUUUUAUAUCAUUUUCAAAAAUUCGUCGGUAAAAAGAUCGGAAAGAGGUUUGCUAGUAUCUCGAAAUUUUCUGACUCUAUUUAGUCAAAAGUGCUUUCAGAUAAUGCGCAUGCGUUUGAAAACCAGAAUCAGAUAAGGUAGUAAGAUGAAUUCUCUUACACGUUGGAUUGCAACAUUCUUCGUUCAUUCCAAUUCUACCACAACGUUUAAGUCCACUUUUUGAUUGGUUUCCUCGGAUGGUUUCCAUCCUGAAAUAGCAUGAAGUCAAAGAUGAGUUUUUGGUUAACAUAUUUCAGAAGUCAAUCAAAACCAUUGGCUGAAGCCGUUUCACACAUGUCUAUGGCUGACUCUGAUGGCAACUGCCUGUAUUGUUUCCCUUGUGGUAUGGUGGUUGGACAGGAAAAGUCCCCUGGGUUAUCAUUACAUGCUGAAGGACAGUGACGAGGAAGGAUUCACAUUACUAGGUACUCUUUAUAAAUUGGCAAUAAAGUAAACUCAACUCUCCUUAUUAAGUUUAGUUUGGUAUUAUUGGAGCCUCUCUAAGCCUUAUUCUUGUAAGGGCAACGGUGCCACUUCUAAUUGGUUCUGUAUCAAUCCCAGGUCUUUAAAUGAGCUAAUGAUACAACCUUAGUACCAUAACAACUGUCAAGCAUCCUUUAAGACAUUUUUGAAAGACCUUAUUCAUAUCGUUAAAAGUUAGCCUUUACUGAAAAAAUUUUCCAAUACAGAAAAUAAUCAGCAAGGACUGCAUAUUAGCCAAAAUAUUCAGAAUUUGUUUUUUCACUUGCUUUCUCACAAGAUUCCAUCAGUUACGUGGGUGGACUGACAUUUGGAAAAGACAUUGGACCACAGAGAACUCCUCGAAGUACCAGUUCGAGGCUGGUGUCUUGUGUGUACUCCUUUCUCGCUGUUAUCCUGAUCAACUCAUACUGUGCUAACCUGACAGCAUUCCUUGUGAAAGAGAAGGUUGAUCUUCCAAUAAGUGGGAUUGAUGAUCCUAGGGUGAGAUUUUAGAACUGCAACCUUUUGAAUAGACAAUAUCAUGACUCACUGAAUGACUGAUUGGUAAGAUACGGACAGCCAAAGUCACUAAUUUGAGUGGCUGCCUGGCUGACAGACUGAUCGACCGAACGAGUAACAAAGAGUCUGUCCCUCCAUCCUUGCCACCGACUGACUACAUUACUUUAUCACUGAAUUUAUUAACAGCCAUUUGCGGAUGUUACAGCGAAGGCAGCGCAUUCUCUUCAGUUUUUUUAAGGCCCUUAGUGUUGAUCUGGUUGGGGGCUUGAAACUUUGAUCUUUCCCACGGCAGUCGGGCGCUCUUAAACUUCCCGAGCGGUUUUAAUUUGGGCCACUCAGCUCAAAAGAAAAUUAACUAAGCCACUCUCUAGUAUUGGUUUGGUCCCAACAAAUCCGACAUAUCAUUUACAUUUGUUUACCUCUGAAUUUAGCUUAUCUCAGAACCCGUCACGUUUAUGGUUGGUGCGGUGAAAGGUUCCAAUGAAGAAGACUAUUUCAGACAUCACGUUAACCCAUCAUUCCGUAAAAUUUAUGAGAUAAAUCUGCAAAAGAACACAUUGAAAAGCCUAGAUUCUGGAGUAACACUGAUGAGAAAUAGGUAAGGAUCUACUUCCUAUCAAACAUAUCUUAGAUUUCGAAGGGUGAGAAAAUUUCUAGAACUAGAAAAUACUGUUAUAAGAUUUGGGUUUCAACAAUUCUUACCAGUGAUAGUCCGUCCAAGUAGUCAUAUAUUCUUGAUAUCCUACCAUUCGUGACAUUGUUUCCUUUCACACCAUCUCUUGAUAGUCCAAUUUUCGAGUUUCUGAUUGAGAGAUGCGACGAUUAAAUUAGUGUUUCGUGCACUUUCACCAAUUAUCGAUACGUGCUUCAUGAAUAUUAUUUAUGUAUCACGUCAUUUUACCUAGAUCUAUUUCAAUUAGGUUUUCAUAUAUUUUAAUUAUUUUUUUGUUGCAAAUAUAAAGACAAUAGCUUCUCUCUUUCUUCCUGUUAUAAUAUACUUUUCAUUCAAUAGUUUCAUCACCUACUUCAAUCAAAAUUCGUGCAAAAUUCAGCUCAUCGUAUGAAUAAUUAAUUUCCUUUCAGCACCAUUCAAGGGUUAGUUGGAGAUUAUCUAACUCUGAGAAAAAUCGUGAACUCCGACAGGAACUGUAGUUUCAGUUUAAUAAAAGAUCACACCUUUAAAUCAGGAUACGGUUUCGCGCUACCAAAGGACUCCCCCUGGGUGAAAGAUGUUUCUCUUUCCGUCCUUAAACAUCAAGAAAAUGGGUCAGUGAAAUCGAUCGAGGAUCGAUGGUUUCCCAAGAGCACUUGUAUUGAAAUCAAGCAUCGACCGUUUUUUCCAAUCCAUUUUUCCAGUCUUUUCUGGGUUGUGCUUACCGUCAUGGCAUUCUCAGUGCUUGCUCUACUCGCAGAAAUACUCAUCGCGUUUAUCUUGGUUAAGUAUGGCAAGAUGCUUGGGCCCUUUGGACGGCUCCUAAAGAGAUUUCUGUUUGAUGUGAAGAGAGGAGAGGAGGAUUUGCUUACGCUCCAUUACCCCGGAAAGCAAAAGACCAGCAAUUAUGGUAUCACUGAGGGACCCUUUACUUACCAGAACCAAGGGUUUGUGGAAGAUUAUGACUUGGAAAGAAGUUUCGCUUCCAAGCGAUAG